AUGAAGGCGUAUAGAGUCUGCAAAGUUCUAUCUGUGCCAUCAAGAGCUUCAGGGGCAACUGCUUUGAAGCGUAACAUAACUAAAUCGGAUCGGACCCUCACAGUUGUUGAAGGUGACGGUGGCAUCCAGUAUGCCAGUCUUCCUCAACCAAGUGGGUGGAAUGGUCUUACUCGUCUGGUUGCCAUUUUCAAAGCUGGCUCGCGAUAUGAGACAUCACCAAAAUUACACGGGAUCACCCAUCUCAUUCGUCGUUCUUGUGGACUUUCAACCACUAACUACACCGCCGUAAAUCUGGUCCGUCACAUCCAACAGAUGGGAGCCCAACUCCAAUGCCACACUACUCGAGAGCACAUAAUUUACUCCGUAGAUGUGGCCCCCAAUCUAGCACCUAGGGCCGGCUACAUUUUGGCGACGAUGGCUACUCGUACCGCCUUCUAUGAAUGGGAGCUCAAAGAUCAGGCGCACAAGUUAAUGCGAAAAGAUAUCGACAUCUUUAACAGGCGUCAAUUUGAUGCUUUGACGUUGGAUCUUCUCCACGAUGCUGCUUUUGGCCAGCACCCAGAUGGAACUGGUCUUGGAAACUCUCUCUAUGCCGACGUAAAUCGCAUUGGGACGCACUCAAUUGAUGAUAUUGAGGCCUUCCUCAGUCAACGCUUUACACCCGCCAACGUUGCCUUCAUCGUCACCGGAUCUGGCCCCGGUGUCAAUGGACUUGAACUCUGCGAAUCGAUGCAUGAGGCUGCCAGACUGAGGCCAAAUUCUGAUGUCCCGAAAUCGUCUUAUGGUCCUAAAUAUGGUUUCAUAGGAGGCGAGCGACGUCGCGAAAUGACGGGAGCACCGGAGACGUACGCCGCACUGGCUUGGCCGACGUCCGGUGGACGCAUGGCCGACUGCGAGACCUCCCUCGCCCUCUCUGUUAUCGCUGCUGCUUUGGCUCCUCCGGUGCAGAGCGUGGCCUACGGGUCCAAGGCGUCACUGCUUCUGCCGUCUGGUGCCGCUCUGGCCACCCCUAUCCACUUUACCUACUCUGACCAUGGCUUGUUUGGCUGUAUGAUCAGCGGUGUUGACGGAAAAUCGGUUGGCGAGCAAGUGGUUGUGGCUAGAAACUCAAUUGGAGAAAUCGCCAGCAAGGGCUUAAGUGAAGAGCAAUUUGAACAAGCAAAAUCUCGCCUCAAGACCGAAGUGUUUAUGCGAGCGGAGAAUCAGGUGUCUCUAACGACGGACAUUGCGGUCCAGUUGUUGGAUCACGGUGGCGACUGCGAGGACAACGAGAGCGUCUUCCGAAACGCCGAGGAUAUCUGCCGUGCAGUUGACCAACUUCAACUGGCUGAUGUGAAUCAGGUCUUCGAAGAAACCGUCACAGGGCCGACAAUGGCGCUUUCGUGCGUGGGCACAGACAUCGCCUAUGUCCCCCCACUGGCGAGCCUCACGGCCGCAUAG